CCUGGAACCGAGUUGGCUUAUAAAGAGGAACACACAUAGGCGCUCAAACACACUCGAUUUAUUUCUCCUCCGAGACGGAAAACAGAGAAUCACAGCCAAGAUGAAACUGUACCUUGCAGUUGCCGUGCUGGUGCUGGCUUUUGUCGCAUACACAGCUGCAGAGGCUCAGGAAGAUACCAUCGAGCAGAGGUUUACCAAGUUUGGUGAGCAGAUGACUGAGAUGGGCAGGAGCCUGGCUGAGAAGGCCAAGACUAGCUUCGAGGGUUUCCAAAGCAGCGAUAUUGCAGUCAGCUCCAAAAACUGGUUCCAGGAACAGCUGGAAAGUAUUAAGGCCAAGUUCGAAGAAAUCACUCAGUAGAUGAGUAGAUUUGUUCAUGUGUCCAGCAUAGCACCCCAACCCCCCCCAACCACCAACCCCCCCCACCCACCUCUGGCGGCUGACCUCUUCACUCUGAGCCUCAUGUUGAGACGCUAACAUGACACCCUGCUCUGCUGACUCACUGGUUACAUUGCCUCUCUGUAAAGAGAAUUUUUUUUUUUUAAUAAAUAGUAAUUUGAGUCUAAUCUAUUUCAAGAAACAAUGUGAGAAAAGUGCUUCAAGGUCAUCAAAAAAUAAAACAUGUUUUAUAUAAAUUCAGUGUUUGCAUCAAUAUUUAUCACUAAAGAAAAUAAGAACCUUUUUAGCGGAAUGAAAUCAAGUGGAAAAGCUUGUUAAACAUGUUUGACAUGAAUAAAUGAAAAAUUCUGGUCUAUGA